AUGGCGCAGUACUAUAUUAGGUAAUAUCUCGGAUCCUCCCGUGCAUGUCACGUGCAUCGUCACUUUAGGGCAGGGUGUCCAGCUCGCUGCUGGCCUCUGCAAGCAACAUCGAGGCUGCACAACACCUUCCAGUGCUCAACGAACGCCAUAUCUUUCUUGGCUGUCGUCCCCGUCAUAACACCCAGCUAGUAAGUUGACAUUAUGUCUUCUAUUACAGCAGCAUCGUGACAUGCUUCGUUCUGCGAACCCUACAGUGUCUCUGCAGUACAGACAGGAUAUGCCCCCUCCUGGGGGCUUCGAGGCCGUAAAGUAUAAGCGCAAUCUGCCCUUCCGCGGUCCGAGCGGUCUUGUUAUUCUCGGCGCCGUGACAGCCGUGUGUGCGUAUGGCUUCUAUAGAGUUGGAAAGGGAAAUCUGGAGAAAAGGGAGCUUCAGCGAGAGAAAGUUUGGUCCCGUAUCCAUCUGGUCCCGCUGCUGCUAGCGGAGGGAGACCGUGACGCGUAUCGUCGCGAGGUAGCAGCAGUGGAGCGAGAAAAGGAGAUUAUGAAAGACGUCAAGGGAUGGGAGCCCGGCAAAAGUGUGUACAACAAUGCGCGCUAUCGGUCGGCAGAAUCGAUUGUCGUGCUAUGAUUGGUAGAACUUUCCCUCUAUACAGACUUAAUGGAUGCCAGGAUCAUCUUAACAGAGACGGAUUCUUCCAUUGUAGAAGU